AUGAAGCGGACAGAGUCAGCCGAGCAGAGACAGAUUAAACUAAAAAUCUCCACCCUCAAAGCACUCAUCGACCAAGGACAAGCCUUGCCAGACGAUGUCACAGAAUACCUAGAGGCGCGAGAGGAGCAGAGAAGGAUCACCCGCGAGGAGCUGACCCCAUAUUUUGCGUCAGAGGAGUUUUCACUCAAACAAGGAGCAGCGCACGACACAGGAUCAGCAGCCUUCUACAGACCGUACACCCCGAAAGGGUCCAACCACUGGAUAAACGAAAUCUUUCACGCCGACUGGACCGACCCCUCGAACCCAAAGAAGACAGGGACGACAGCCACGGACCCCUCCAAGAUAUCAGCGGCGCUCACCCCCUUCUACUCCUCCCUAUACGCCCAGAAGCCAUCCAUCAACCCGGAGCGACCGCUCGCCACCCUCGAGAGCGGCAACAGAGUUCUCCCGACCACCGCCGCCAAGUGUGGCGCGCCGAUCUCCGCAGGAGAGAUUCAGGACACAUGCGAUAUGCUACCCACGGGUAAAUCACCAGGCCCCGACCUGAUCCCAAACGCCUUCUAUAAAAUAUUCUCGGCAAAGAUCACCCCCAUACUCGAGCGGUGGUGA